UCCAUCCCUUCUCACCACAUCGCUUCAUCUAGUCAUGGAAUCAGUCCAGUGCUUUGGCCGCAAGAAAACCGCCACCGCCGUCGCUCACUGCAAGCGCGGAAAGGGUCUCAUUCGUGUCAAUGGUUCCCCUGUCGAGCUCCUUGAACCCGAGAUCAUGAAGUUCAAGGUCUACGAAGUUGUCCUUCUCCUCGGCCAAGAACGUUUCGCCAACAUUGAUAUUCGCAUCCGUGUCAACGGUGGUGGUCACGUCUCCCAGAUCUACGCCAUCCGUCAGGCUCUUGCUAAGGCUGUUGUCGCUUUCAACCAAAAGUUUGUCGAUGAGGCUUCCAAGAAGGAGAUCAAGGAAAUCCUUGUUCAAUUCGACCGUACCCUUCUCGUCGCUGACCCCCGUCGCUGCGAACCCAAGAAGUUCGGAGGUCCCGGUGCCCGUGCUCGCUACCAAAAGUCUUACCGUUAAAGCAAGAAAGUGUAUGCACUUUCUUUCUUGUUUUACGUUAUCCAUUCUGUUUGCAUAUCAUUAAAAGACAAUGCUAUUUUUGCUUGAGCCUUUGGUAUUCUAGUGUUAUGUGUUAAACGAGUUCGUGUAUGUAAAGGCUUAUAUUGGAAGGCGGAUAUUUCUACGAGGUUAAAUUAUGUCUGC